CCCCCCCCAUCUCCGCUCUGCCUCCUUUUUAUUUGCUGCGUGGCUCCAUCCCGCCUGCAUCCAUACCAAGACCCGCGGAGUCAUUCAACACGUCCCCGUCCCAGCUUUCGGAUUUUUUUUUUUUUUACAUAAUUGCCUUAUAUCACGUCCGGAUCGGGGCCGUGACAUCUGGCGUUUGGACCCACGGCAUUGAUCGGCGCCUUCACUAGUGCUGUUGCUCUUCUCUUCAGCUGUCAGACGUUGUCUCUGAACAUCUCCUCUCCAUCACCAACACUCUUGCCAUGCAGGAGGUCUAACCCUCCGUUCCUCCUUCCUUCAACCCUUGUUUGCCUUCAGAGGUGACUUCAAAAACAAAAAUCCAUCCACCCAAACAAAACCUGCCUCUAACAGAUUAAGAUGUCAGACCCAGACACCUCGUCACCAGCAGAACCUCCGCUGCCGCUGGCUUCCCCCCGCACCCCUCUGCAGCUCUCUUUUCCCUUCUUCAGAGAGGGAAGUCGGAUUUGGGAGAGAGAGAGGAAACCGCCUCAGCCUGGAGAGCUGCCCAGCCCCCUGCCCACUAAACGCACCCGAACAUACUCAGCGACAGUGCGAGCCAAAUCAGGUCCUGUAUUUAAAGGGGUGUGUAAGAACUUCUCCAGGUCUCAGGGUCAUGGAUUCAUACGCCCCACUCAUGGAGGAGAGGACAUCUUUGUCCACAUCUCUGACAUCGAGGGAGAGUAUGUGCCUAUGGAAGGAGAUGAGGUCACGUACAAGGUGUGUCCCAUCCCUCCCAAGAACCAGAAGAUCCAGGCAGUCGAGGUGGUCAUCACCCACCUGAACCCGGGCACCAAGCAUGAGACCUGGUCAGGUCAGAUUAUUAGCUCCUAGACUGAGCACUCUCCAGGCCUGAAGCGACAAUGAAAGGGGACGGGGGUGCGGAUUUAUAGUUUUAAGUUUAACAUGUUAAGGUUUGAGGUACCAGGUCUGGGGGAAACAAGGAUCAGACUUCAGCUUUGAAGAGGUUGUCUGAAUGUUAGAAGGUAGAGAUGGAAAUUCCACUUUGAAUGUAUUUGUCUGAAUGUGUUUCUUUAAGGGUCAUGGAUUGAAUGUUUGAGGGCUCAGAGCUUGGUGCUAGCAUUUUUACAUUGUCCUAGGAUGCAUAUUUCAAUUGAGAAUUGUGUGUGUUAAAGGCAGAAACGCAUUUUGAGGCAGUUUAACUCACUGUAGCCAUAUCAGAAUUUGAGAAAUUACAUAUGAACAGUCCAGCUCAGUGCAGGUCUGAAUUGUUUUUCUGCUGUUGUCACCACUCUACUGCCAAAAAUCUGAUUAAAAACUGUUUCAGCCAUAUUAUGUCUGUGUUUACAAUGACAGAUGGAGAUAUUAUCCAUCAGUGCAAGAAGGAUCAAAUCAGAAAAAAGACCACUCCAACAGCUUUUUCUGUUUUAUGUGAUCAGGCUGCCUUUGUCUCACUGCCUUCUGGGAAAAUAACCCACAAACCCCCACUAGUGCAUGUCUGCCAAAUGAAAAUGAGUGUACUCACAAGUGGAAAGUAUCGACUCUUAAUGCGUUUCAGCCUCUAGAGCAGGAGUCAGCACCAUAUUUGAGGGACUUAUCUUCCAUUUUGUUAUUGUAGCACUACUGUAUUUUGUCUUACUUGGCAAGUGUAGAAAUCCAGUGUUACUGUAGCCAGCUCCUAUGAUGGCCAUACGUUUUGGUGAUUAGAGUGUUUAGGUGGAGAAUUUUUUUGGCCAGAGGGUUUGGGUUCAGAUUAGAGGAGUUAGAGUGCAGGAAAGGUA